AUGUUGAUAAACAUCUCAAUUGCAAAAUAUAAAUAUAAACAAUUUGAAUGUCGUCCUUUGUUCACAGGUCAGGAUAUUCAGCCGCAACGCGACUUAACUCGCUUUGUAAAAUGGCCCGAAUAUGUACGUCUCCAGAGACAACGUAAAAUCCUCAAUCGACGUCUCAAAGUUCCUCCCGCUAUCAACCAAUUUACGCGUGCGUUGGAUAAGAAUACGGCUGGGCAAGUGUUCGCUCUCCUCCACAAAUACCGCCCAGAAACCAAAGUCGACAAGAGAAAUCGUCUUCGCGCAGCUGCGGAUGCUAAAGCUAAAGGCAAGGAAGCCACCAAAUCUGAAAAACCGUAUGUCGUCAAAUUCGGUAUCAAUCACGUUACUGCUUUAAUUGAGGCUAAGAAGGCGAAGUUGGUUUUGAUUGCUCACGAUGUGGAUCCUAUUGAGAUUGUCCUAUGGCUGCCAGCUCUUUGUCGCAAGAUGGGUGUACCCUAUGCAAUUGUCAAAGGAAAGAGUCGUUUGGGAACUGUCGUUCACAAGAAGACUGCGACUGCGUUGGCCAUUGUUGACAUCAAAGAUGAAGAUAAGAACUCGCUGUCAAAUUUGAUUACUUCUAUCAAGAUCAAUUACAAUGAAAAAUUCGAGGAAAGUCGUAAGCAAUGGGGCGGUGGUGUUAUGGGUGCCAAGUCUCAAGCUAUGAUGGCUAAGCGAGCAAAGGCAGCCGGUAAAGAUAGCAAGAAAUUUGAAAUCUGA